ACUUUGACUGAGGAUAUUCUAUAAACUCUUUUGUUGUUUUAGUUUAAGGCAACAAAAACCUCCUUGCUUCACAAUGUGUUCAUUCUGCAGCAUCAAAUGUUGGUUCAUUUUCUUCAACACUGUCUUCCUGGCAUCUGGGGUCGCCCUUAUCACGAUUGGAGGUCUCCAGUACUCGACCUACUCGCAGAUCGGCACCUUUGCAGGAAGCGGCUUGUCCAAAAUCGCCAUUGUCCUCAUUGCAGUGGGCGUCACCAUCACCUUGGUGUCUCUUGUGGGACAUUUUGGGGCAUUCUUGAAUAAGUCCACCAUGAUAUCCUGUUUCAUCUGCAUCCUGAUAAUCAUCAUCCUUUUGGAGAUAUGCACAGGAGCUGCCUUUUAUAUAUUUCGCAGCAGGACUGUCCUUCUGCAGAUGAACAGUGACAUCAACAGCAAAGCUCGGGCAGUGGUCAACGAAUACAGCCUGAAGGACAGGCACGCCGUCAACAGAAUUCAGGAAAAGUUCAGCUGCUGCGGCGCCGACUCUUACACUGACUGGACCAACAGUGUGGGCUGGAAAAACCAUGAUGCCGUGCCAGAUUCCUGCUGCCCGGAGAAGAGAGAGGGCUGCGGACAUGACAAGGAUAAUGCUCACAAAAAGGGAUGCAUUGCAGCUAUAAAGCUCUUUCUGUUGAAGAAUCUGGUGUGGGUCGGGGGUGUUUGUAUUGCUCUUGGAAUCACGGAGGUGUUUGGAGUGUUAGUCGGCGUGUGCCUCUGUCUGGACAUUAAACGCAAAAACUAUGAGAAUGUUGAUUAAUUCAUC